CACAAAGCCCCCUUCCCCUAACCCCCGUUGUGCGAGUCUGCUCUAGGGUUUUUGCCACGCCGCCGCCGCCUCCUCCUGCAUCCCCUCCCACCCACCGAGACACCAAGAUGACAGCGCAGACUGUCGAGGAGCUCGCCGCCCAGAUCGAGCAGCAGAAGCUCGAGGAGCAGAAGACGGAGGCAGAGGAGGUUGUGGUUGAGGAUGAUGAGGAUGACGACGAGGACGAUGACGAUGAUGACAAGGAUGAUGAUGAACUGGAGGGACAAGAAGGAGAUGCCAGUGGCAAAUCAAAGCAAAGCAGGAGUGAGAAGAAGAGCCGCAAGGCGAUGCUGAAGCUUGGCAUGAAGCCCAUCACUGGUGUCAGUCGUGUGACCGUGAAGAAAAGCAAGAAUAUAUUGUUUGUCAUCUCCAAGCCAGAUGUCUUCAAGAGCCCGAAUUCUGAUACCUAUGUCAUCUUCGGCGAGGCCAAGAUCGAGGAUCUCAGCUCCCAGCUGCAGACCCAGGCAGCGGAACAAUUCAAGGCUCCUGACUUGAGCCAGAUGAUCUCGAAGCCCGAGACAUCGGGCCUGGGUCAGGAGGACAACGACGAGGAGGUUGACGAGACCGGAGUCGAGCCCAAGGACAUUGAGCUGGUGAUGACCCAGGCAACCGUCUCGAGGGCCAAGGCCGUCAAGGCUCUCAAGGCUGCUAAUGGAGACAUCGUCACCGCCAUUAUGGAGCUGACGAAUUAGAGUUCUGGGUUUCCUUUUUUGUCGGCUUGAACGUUUUCGGUUCCGUUUUAGUGCUAUGCUAUGAGGCUUGAGAGUUGUAUGCGGACCCUAUGAUUCGUGUAAUCGUAUCAUGUUUGCUUCUCUGAUAAGUUCAAUUUGACAUGAUUA